AUGAGCGCCGCUGUCGUCUCGAGCCAUUUCGUGGCUGAAAAAGUCAAGGCGCUGUGUGUGCUAAGUGACGUACGCUACACAUCGUCCGAGACGUCCCUGAGCAAGUAUGAGGCCCUUCCUGUAGUAGCGUCCGGCGGCUGGGACAACGAGACCAAUCACAUCACGCUGCACGCGCCUGUGCGUCAGUCACUGGACGAGCGGGAGCUGGACAAAGAACGAAGAUCGAGCGAUGUACAGGCGUGCGAGUUGAAGACUGUGGCUGAGACGGAGCACGAGGGAGACGUGAACGCGUUACAGUUUGUGGCCACUCGAGACAAGAAGUUGCUGGUCAGCGCAUCGUCCAUGGGCGGCAUCUUUGCUUAUUGUGUGUCGUCCAGCACUGCAGGUGAUGAUUCUGUCAUGACGGAUGAAGAGGCGGACAAGCCGUUGGACGUGCAGGUGAUACCGCAGUGGGAACGAGUGUUUGCUGGCACUGCAGCGACGUGCGUCGAGGUCAGUGAAGCUCGCACGAGUCUCGUGACUGCCAGUGCUGAUGGAGCUCUGGCGUGGCUGAAGCUGGACGACGUUGCGAGCGUCGUCCAAAUCGAGAACAAUGACGUGAGUAGACUCCCGAUCAAUGCAGUGAAGUUUCUCGGUCGCGACUCGGUCGUUGCUUCUGUCGGCUCAACUCCAGCCAACCAGCUACGGAUUUGGGACCUCGCAGCAAACAACCAGUUCCCUGUCGCAACCUCUGCCGAUUCUCGUUCACAAGCCUUCUUGACUACGCUCGAGACCCACCCAACGCGGCCCGAGCUACUUAUCACAGGAGCUGCUGACGGUUCUGUUAGCUUGUGGGAUCGCCGUAAACUUGCUGCACCGUUCCGGACUGAUACACACCACCAUCGUGCCGUACGAGCGCUGAAGAUCCACUCUGCGUGUCCUCGGUACCUUUACACGGGUAGUGACGACAGCGUGGUGAACCGCUGGGACUUUCACCAUGGUCGCAAUCGCUGCGAUCCAGUCGAAUACGAGCGAUACAGCGGAUCUGCUAGCAGCCAGAGCCAGAGUGCGACCCCGUUCUGCUCUCUUGCCACUUCACUCAACGAAUGUUUCGAGGGACCGAGGCGCCUCCACGUCGAGCAGCUCACUUCUGGGUCCCAGCCAUGGAACGCUUUGGCGAUUCACGCUGAGUCGGAUGUGCUUGUUGCAGGCUCGGACGCACAGGUCAUAGCGAUUGUGCAGAACGUGUCACAGUGGAAGCAGUAG